AUGGACAUUCGUUCAAGAAUUGUGAAUUCUAUAAUAUUUUCAUUAAAACACUGCAAAAAUAAAAAUAAAUAUAUAUUAUUGUUAAAUGAAUUACUUUCACUUUUUCCAAUUCAUGCCGAAAAGAGUCUAAUAUUAUGCUUAAAAUCAAGAAUUAAAAAAUACACUUUAAUAAAAGAGAAAUCAUUAGAUAAGGAUUUUAAAUUGCAUGAAAACUCUUUGAGGAUAAAUAAGAAUACAUUAGAAGAUAGAGAAUAUUUUAGUGACACUACUGUAGUCCACAAAAGGGAAGGAUUAGACAGAAAGAUAUUUACAAAAUUUAAAAAGAAAAAAAGAAAAAAAACAAAUAUACAUUUUUUUGUUGUUAAUGGAAAUAGUAAGAAAUAUAUUGUCUUAAAAAAUUUUUGUUCGUGUUUUUACUUUAAAGAAAAAGUAUUAUGUGAUCAUAGUGACAUAUUAUGUAAGCAUCUUCUGUCCGUUAUUUUGGCAAAAUGCUUCAGUAGUUAUAUAAAUAUUUUUUUAGGUGAAAACUUAUUUUAUGAAUGGUAUAUUAAAAAAUUGCAUAUUUGA